GCGAGUGGUGACAACUGUGCUGUGUUUGGAUGGAAAUCACAGAAACGGAAUUUAAUUCGUCGUUUUAUCCGUCGUCGUUUGAAAAUUUUGGGCAGCAUUGUUAUUUGCUAGAACAUGCAGUCGAGUCUCUUUCGUUUUCAGCCUAGCAGGCUGUCGUGUUAGCAUCGUGAUCGCUAUGUAGGUAAUGUUAGCAGGGACGCUUGGACAGAAAUAGCCAGCCAGUCUACAACAAAACAGCAGCCUGCUCCGGUGUAUGGAGCUGCUUUGUGUACAGUAAUCGGCCGGUUUGUAGUCCCUCUGGAAUGCAUCUCUCCAAGAAAUGUUCCCCCUUCAAAGUGGUGCUGAGUGCUCUGCUGAUCGUGGCGCUCCUGCAGCUCAUCUACCUGUCGUUCUUGUCCAGGUUUCACGGUAAGCAGCAGCGGUACCGAUACUCGGAGCUCUUCGGAGGCUCUGCAAGCAAGAGAAAUGCGCACGCCGAGAAAAACUCCCGCAAAGAGCGUCUGAGGUACUCGCUGUCUAGUGGAGGGAUCUUUGACAACAGUGGCCAGUACAGGGUCUACAAGAACUUGAUCAAAAGUGAUUUCACCUCUGAUCUGAAACCAGGAUCAGACCCCAGUUCUAAUGUCCUGUCUUUGUGCACCCAUACAACCAUUAACAACCUGCAUCACCUGGAGUCUCUUCUGCAGAGGUGGCAGAAUCCUCUCUCUGUGGCCAUAUUCGCUCAUGGCCAGGAUGUCAAGUUUGCCACAGCUCUGGUUUAUGCUCUCAGCUUCUUCUGCCCUCAGAUUCAGGCUCUGGUGGACUUCCACUUGGUUUGCCUCUCUGGAGAGAUGGCCAGCUUCCCUGACCAGGACAGAGAGCACUUUGCAGGUCUUGAGGACUGUGCUUCUGUGUACUCCAGACUGGAGACGUACAGGGAUAAACACAAGAACUAUGCCAUCAGUGGUAACAUCUCCUACCCCAACAAUCUCCUUCGAAACGUUGCCCGAAGUGGCACAGAGUCCUCCUACAUACUAGUUAUCGACAUCGACAUGAUGCCGAGUGCCGACCUGCACCAGAACUUCCUGGACAUGAUCAUGAGGCGGCCACCGGUGAGCGAUGAGGUGUUCGUCCUGCCUGCCUUCGAGAUCCGCCAUGCCAGGAAGUUGCCGGGCACUAAGUCGGAGUUGGUUCAGCUUUAUCAGGUUGGAGAGGUCCGUCCGUUCUAUGAAGAGCUUUGUCCUCGCUGUCAAGCCCCCACCAACUACUCCCGCUGGGUAAACAGCCACGUCAGAGACACGGGCACCCUGGAGGUGGCCUACACGCUCACCUGGAUGGACCCCUGGGAGCCCUUCUACAUUGGGCCCAACACUGUGCCACUUUAUGAUGAGAACUUCAAGCAAUAUGGCUUCAACCGAAUCAGCCAGGCCUGUGAGCUCCACAUAGCCGGGUACAGGUUCUCGGUGCUGAGCUCAGCUUUCGUGGUGCACCGCGGCUUCAAGAUCCAGGGGGAGUUCCACGCCAAGAAGGACGAGGAGAACAAACACAACCGGGUUCUGUUUCGCAGCUUCAAAGAGGGCCUGAAAACCAAAUACCCCUCCUCCAACAGACGGUGCUGAGACAAAACGAGGACGGAAACAAUGACGGACGUGCAUUUUUCUUAAUUCUGCCAGAUUUAGCUUCCAGUCAGGUUCUCCCUGUCCGACACGUCCUACUUUCUCUACGACUUCUUUUGAUGAUGGCGCAGCAGUCUAAUCUCAUCAAACUCGAGACGGUCUGACAAAGAGCAGCAGGGAAAGGUUCUCCAGGGAUUUAUGACAGCUAGUUGCUUAAAGGAAGAAAAUCAUCAGUCAGAGCUGGAGUACAGGAUCGCAGCAGCUCAUGAGACUCCUGGUUUUUUUGUUGUUAUUUUUUUUUUAAAUCAAAUGCUAAUUUCAAGUCUAGACAGCAUUUGAUUGACAUUUAUUUUAAGGCUUAUGAGGUAAAACAUUUAAAUGAUUUUUAAAGUUGUCAAGGUGUAAAAAAUAGACAAAACUGUGAUUUUUCUGCUCUCUACAUAUCCACUCAGACAUAUCCGAAGAGAUUUUUCAGCUCUUAUUUUACUGUGUCAGACAAAGGUUCAACAUUUAAUGACAGCCGAUCAAAGAUUGCUUUAUUCCCCAGAGUCCGACUAAAAUUACAUUUGGUCGUCCUUUUUCGUGCAUAAUUCUUAGAGCUCCUGUGAGGAUCUUUCAGUUUGCAUCAACUCUUACACCCAUUGCACCCAAAGCUACAGUGUAAGGCAGAACAGCAGUCAAAUUGGUGUUAACUAUAAGCCGUUUUGUGAGAGAGAAAUGGAUUGUGAUGAUUUCAGUCACGUUCUGCACAGUCCACAAUGUGGAGAUUCUAAACAGCUGUUUGGUCUUAUUUAUUGUUUUCCUAGCCAUCCGUACUGUAUCCUAGUCAAGCUCAUAGCUUAUGGUAACGUUGACAGUUGUGGAGUACAGACCCACAGUCUGAAAGUUGUUCUGCAGAACACCAGAGGUCACUUGUCUUUCAUUGAAGAUACUUUUUAAUCACUCCACUGGGUUUAUCACUUAACGAUAGCGCUGCAUGACAUUGGAUUUUAGCUAACAUCAGAAAUGCAGAUAUAGAUACAGAUAGAUAAGGCUCAAUCCCAAUAAACCCCUUGCCUCUUUAACUAAGAAAAGGAAUUUGUUAUGUUACUGAUAAAACUAACGCGUUAGAGUACUUCUGCGUCACCAAAUAUAAAAACCCCUUAACCACUCAUUCCACUAGUUGGUUGUAAAAACGACAUACAGCGGCGGCACGUCUGCCUUUGAAUGUAUCGACUCUACUGUCAUGGUACAGCCUGAUAUACAGCCCAUAAUUUAUAACUCUACAGAAUACAGAAUUACACAAAUGCUAUGUGUAAUAACUGUACGUAACUGGAAGGGCUGAUCAGCUGAUUCAAUGAAAACAAUACGACAUGAACUUUUAAAGUCACCAUAAUCCUGUUCUUGUCCCUUUCAUCCAAAAAAAAUCCGACAUAAAGUACUACAGUAUAAAGCCUUCCUCUCUGUCAUCUCACUAGCUUAGUAAGCUAGCAGUUAGUGCGCACUGACACAGCUGUAUUUACCUUCUGCUGGCACACCGCUACAUUCCAACAUGAAAGAAAGACAAACAGUGCAGAUACUUUGUGGAGCUUCUUUUCAUUUUCUCUUUUUUUAUGGCCACAGAAUAAAAAGGAAAUUGAGGAUUUUUUUUCAGUUACUUGAAUCAUAAAACCUACGCGUCACAUUACAACAUAAAAGGGACGUUGAUCUAAUGAGGGAGAAAAGCUGUUAAAAAGUUGUGCUUUCAUCCCUAUCAGUGUCAUAAUUCCCAGCAUGUUUUGCAAAACAAAGCUG